CAGGAAGAAGAUGAGCCUGAAGUCUGAACGUGGAGGAAUUCAUGUGGACCUGUGCAAGAAAGGAUGUGGUUACUACGGCAACCCAGCCUGGCAGGGUUUCUGCUCCAAGUACUGGAGGGAAGAGUAGCACAAAGCCAGGCCGAAGAAGAUGCAGGAGGACUGGGAGCUGGCGGAGCGACUCCAGCGGGAGGAAGAAGAGGCCUUUGCCAGCAGUCAGAGCAGCCAAGGGGCCCAAUCCCUCACAUUCUCCAAGUUUGAAGAAAAGAAAACCAACGAGAAGACCCGCAAGGUUACCACAGUGAAGAAAUUCUUCAGUGCGUCUUCCAGGGUUGGAUCAAAGAAGGUGCCUCCAGAAAGAAUCGAGAAGAUAAUGGAUCAGAUUGAAAAGUACAUCAUGACUCGUCUCUAUAAACACGUGUUCUGUCCAGAAACUACUGAUGAUGAGAAGAAAGAUCUUGCCAUUCAAAAGAGGAUCAGAGCCCUGCGCUGGGUUACGCCUCAGAUGCUGUGUGUCCCUGUUAAUGAAGACAUCCCAGAAGUGUCUGAUAUGGUGGUGAAGGCGAUCACAGAUAUCAUUGAAAUGGAUUCCAAGUGUGUGCCUCGAGACAAGUUGGCCUGCAUCACCAAGUGCAGCAAGCGCAUCUUCAAUGCCAUCAAGAUUACCAGGAGCAAGCCGGUGUCAGCGGAUGACUUCCUCCCCACCCUCAUCUACAUCGUUUUGAAGGGCAACCCCCCACGCCUUCAGUCUAAUAUCCAGUACAUCACACGCUUCUGCAAUCCAAGCCGACUGAUGACUGGAGAGGAUGGCUACUAUUUCACCAAUCUGUGCUGUGCCGUGGCUUUCAUUGAGAAGUUAGAUGCCCAGUCUUUGAAUUUAAGUCAGGAGGAUUUUGAUCGCUACAUGUCUGGCCAGACCUCUCCCAGGAAGCAAGAAGCUGAGAGUUGGUCUCCUGAUGCUUGCUUAGGCGUCAAGCAAAUGUAUAAGAACUUGGAUCUCCUGUCUCAGUUGAAUGAACGACAAGAAAGGAUCAUGAAUGAAGCCAAGAAACUGGAAAAAGACCUCAUAGAUUGGACAGAUGGAAUUACAAGAGAAGUUCAAGACAUUGUUGAGAAAUACCCACUGGAAAUUAAGCCUCCGAAUCAACUAUUAGCAGCUAUUGACUCUGAAAAUAUGGAAAAUGAUAAACUUCCUCCACCACUGCAACCUCAAGUUUAUGCAGGAUGAUCACAGUUUACAUAGAGAGUAUUUAUUUGAGCCUAAAUUGUAGGUAGCCCUUACUACACUCAACUGAUUGGGAUCUAGAAUGUAACUAAAUUGCUUAUAAAUGUCAGAGCAUUUUUAAAGGUACAGCAUAUGGGGAUUGUUUUGUUUUGUUUUUCCUAGCAGGGGAAGCUUAGUUAAUAAUAAAAUACUAUUUAUUUGAGUUACUGAUACAGAUUCAUUUAAGGCUUGUGUGCAAAUUUUGUCUCAAAUCUUUUUUCCCUCCAUGAUUUUCCUAUGUGUUUCCUCUGGCAUUCACUGUGGUUUGGUAAAUAAUUGCCUUUUAAUGCUACAAAGUGUAUGUCCACAGUUCGAAAUAAUUUUAUAAUUAUAAAGAUAGAAAUUAUAUUGAUAAGUAAAUAUGUAAAAUUGUAAAUAUGUAAAGAAAAGAAUGGCGUCUGCUCUGCGUGACAUUUUAUAUGUUAAUUUUUUAGUUUAAAAUGAAGUAUAUUGAAUGUUUGCCUUUAGCACCAUUUUAUUUGGUUUGUCCUACUGAAAUGACUCGAGAAGUGUUUAGACAAACUCUCCUAGGUCCUCCUGACUUCAGGUGAUCCUCCUGCCUCGUCCUCCCAAGGUGCUGGGAUUACAGAUGUGAGCCAUUGUACCUGGUCAGUUUCUGACAGUUCUGGAAGGUGAGAAGUUUAAGAUCAAAGUGCUGGCCAAUUUGGUGUCUGGUAAGGGAACCGUUUCUCAUAGAUAGUCCCUUCUCACACGUCCUCAUAUGACAGAACGGGCAAACAAGCUUCCACAGGUCCCUUUUAUAAGGGCACUAAUCCCAUUCAUGAGGGCUCCACCCUCAUGACCUAAUCUCCUCCCAAAAGCCCCACCAGUUUAA